GAGAAAGAGGUGGUGUGUGCUCGUUUAGGUAGUUGGGAAGAGAGGGACUGUGGAUCUGCGAAGCGCUUCCCUCCGAUGUGAAUGCAGUGUCCCCUGUGGGAUGCAAUAGGUGAUGCCCAGCUCCACUGCAAUGGCAAUUGGAGCUCUCUCUAGUUCUCUUCUCGUAACCUGCUGCCUCAUGGUUGCCCUGUGUAGCUCCACCAUACCUGUACAAAAACUGGCCAAGGCUCAAGACAAACAGGAGAUAAAAGCGAGCCAGGAAAAGAGGGAUCACACAUCUACAAGGGACAGCCAGACAGGCCCGGGGAAAAUGAAUGAGAUCGGCAGGAGCGGGAGGGAGGAGGGCAGCAGGGACUGGAAGAGCAAAGGAAACAGGAACUACUCCAACAAGGAGUCUUGGACUAAGCAAAAGCAGGCUUGGAACAGCCAGGGGACGAGCAGUAAAUCCGGGAGCAUUCAAGUGCCAGAGCAAAGGGACGCCGCUCCCGAGGAACCUCGGGUGACUGAAGAUUCCCCUCUCCCAGAAGCUGUUGCCAGCAUCACUCCCGAGCCCCCGGAGGAGUACGCCUAUCCGGACUACCGUGGGAAGGGCUGCGUGGAUGAGAGCGGCUUCGUCUACGCCAUCGGGGAGAAGUUUGCUCCGGGCCCCUCGGCCUGCCCCUGCCUCUGCACUGAAGAGGGGCCGCUGUGCAUCCAGCCCGAGUGCCCCAGGCUCCACCCUCGCUGCAUCCAGGUGGACACCACGCAGUGCUGCCCGCAGUGCAAGGAGAGGAAGAACUACUGCGAGUUUCGAGGGAAAACCUACCAGACCCUAGAGGAGUUCAUGGUUUCUCCCUGUGAGAAGUGCCGCUGUGAAGCCAAUGGAGAGGUGCUGUGCACUGUCUCAGCUUGUCCCCAGACGGAGUGUGUGGACCCGGUGUAUGAGCCCGAUCAGUGCUGUCCUAUCUGCAAAAAUG